CCUGCUCCACUGCCUUUAAAAACCAAUUUCAACCGUAAUCCAAACCCAAUUCCCUCGUUCAUCUCUUCUUCGGUUUUCUCCAUUUUUAUUUGUAAUAAUGGCGACUACUGAGUUGAAAUCUGAUAACUUGUUUGAGAUGAUGAAGCUUCACUUGGCUUCUGAUGCUGGUAAAGAGCUCAUCAAGAAGAUCGGCCUCGUUUACCAAAUCAAUAUCGCCCCCAAGAAAAUUGGGAUUGAUGAGGUUUCUUACGUUGUUGAUCUCAAGAAAGGAGAGGUUACUAAAGGUAAAUAUGAAGGGGGAAAGCCUGAUGCUACGUUUUCCUUCAAGGAUGAUGAUUUUGUAAAGGUCGCAACAGGGAAGAUGAAUCCCCAGAUGGCUUUUAUGAGGGGGGCGAUGAAGAUCAAGGGAAGCUUGAGUGCAGCUCAGAAAUUCACCCCUGACAUUUUUCCGAAGCCAGCAAAGAUGUGAGCAGAGAUGCUAAUGUACUAUAUAGGUUCUUUUGUUGCAGAAAUUAAGUUUUUAAUACAUAAAUGGAAGCCAUCUAUCAACUUCUUAUCAUUGAGAA